AUGGCGGCGCCCUGCGCGGAGAUGGAGCCGGCGGCGCCUCCUCCCUCCCCUCCUGCCGCUCCCGCUCCCGAUGCCGCUCCCGCCUCGCCGGGCUCGGCCGGGCUCGUGUGCGCGCAGGGCCGCAACCUGCGGGCCGUUCUGUGCCAGCGCUGCGGCUCCCGGGUGCUGCUGCCCGGCGCCGCCACCCUCGCCCGCCGUGAGCUCCUCCUGCCCGCCAUGAGGAAGAAGGCGGCGGCGGCGGCGGCGGGAGGCGGCGGGGACGUGCUGCGGGAGCACUGGCUGGUGCGCGACAUGUUCUCCUUCGAGAACGUGGGCUUCACCCGCGACGUGGGCAACGUGAAGUUCCUGGUGUGCGCCGACUGCGAGGCGGGGCCCAUCGGCUGGCACUGCCUGGACGACAAGGACAGCUUCUACGUGGCGCUGGAGCGCGUGGCCCACGAGUGACCGCGGCCCCGGGCGCCGGGCUGGCAGCUGGGCUCGGCCGCCAGGAGCCCCGACAGCCCUGAGAGCCACAGCCCGGCCGGGCACCCCGGUGUCUGACUGACCUACACCCUGGCCGGGCACCCCGGUGUCUGACUGAUCUACACCUCGGCUGGGCACCCCACUGUCUGACUGACCACAGCCCACCUGCCCCGUGGUGUGACUGACCCACGGCCUGGCCGGUCACCUCACGUGCCAGGGCCACAGGCUGAGCAGCACCAGGAGGCUCAGCCCUGGCACAGCCAGCUCCUCUCCCACGCAGGAGGGAUGGUGGUGGUGGGAGGGUCCCCUGUGACCUGCAGGGACGUCUCACCGUGACAGUUUUGCCAAAUAACCCGAUCUGCCGCUGUCUGCUCUGUCACUUCCCUCGUGGCUGCUGUUGCUCCAAGGUGCUGAGAUGUCUCUCAGGCUGCUGUGUAAAUGUGGGCACGGGGAAGGGGCGAGGGGAGGACGCGACUGCUGCUCUGAGUCGUCGUGGCAGCUAAAAUUGCCUGACCUACAGCCAGAGCAGCUCCAGGGUUUAAGGCUGAAUCUCCUGCUGAUUUGCAGAGGGAACAUUCCCUGCCCCAAGUCCUAACAUUUACAUUCUCCAGAAUCUCAUCCCACCUGGCAGCUGUGAGAGUGAAGUGAGUGUAAGGCAUUCCAGCUAACAUGUGUGCAGUUCCAUUAACUGAGUACCUGGAAACCAAACACAGUACAGGUAAAGCGGCUGAGAGAGCAGCAAA